AAACCGAAAAGAAAAAAAGUAAGAAGAAAAAGAAUCAAUCAUUGCUCAUUCCAGUGAAGAGAAGCUUCUCUCAAGUAGUUAAAAGAAAGCAAAUCAACCCCACAAAUUUGAUAAAAGCAAGAGAUGAAGAUGAAAAGUUCUAAAAUAGGAGGGUCAAAGAGGAGUUGUCCAUGGUCUUGGAAGGGAAAUGGAGGGUUCUUUAGGGAAGAAAGAGGUAGGCUUUACAUAAUAAGAAGAUGUAUCAUUAUGCUUCUUUGCUGGCACGACUGAAAGUAUAUAUUAUGGAGAAAUGAAGAAUCCCUGCAUAUCCUACCACAUGGAAGCUAAAGCUAGCAAGCUCAAGUAAACAUUUUAGGUUUUACUUUAUCUUAUGUGUAUAUCAAAUAAUAUACAUAUAUAUUCAAGGAUAAACUUUUUUUU